AUGGCUACGACACGUCCAGGAGACCGCAUGGCUGCGGCGCCGGCGUCUAGCGUCGCGUUGCAUUCAGAUGACGACGAAGUGACAACGGCCGAGUUUGCUGUGGACCUAACGGACUGCCAGACGUGGGCGAUUAAUUUCUACCAGUGCGCUGCCGAGGGCGAUCUCGAGUGUCUCGAGGAGAUUCUCGACAGUGGCCACGUCUGUGUCAACGACGUGGACGUCGACGGGUUCACUGCGCUCAUGGUGGCGGCUGCUGAAGGCCAUGCAGACGUCGUGCGCGCGCUCCUGAGACGGGGUGCUGACGUGUCGAUGCGCACGUACGAAUUGAGGUCCAGUGCGCUGCAUUUUGCAGCAAAAAAUGGAGAUGCUGCGGUUAUGUCUGCGCUGUGUUCGUGUGACGCAGCGGUCGUGGAUUGCUGGAACAUCCAUGCAGACACGCCACUGAUCUGGGCGUGUAUUGAAGGGCGAGUGGAAGCAGUCAAGGUGUUGCUGGAUCACGGAGCUGAUGUGAGCGUGCUGAACCAGUACGGCGCAUCGACAGUGUUGUGUGCUGUUAUGAUAGGGGAAGACCUGGAGCAAGAGCAGGAGCGAGACGAGCGACGGGCCGAGGUACUGACGAUGCUGUUGGAAAAGAAUGGAAAGCUGGUGAACUUUCAGGAUCACGAAGGCAGUUCGGCGAUGCACUUGGCUGCGUCUUGUGGCUACUUGGCGUGCGUGAAGACACUACUUGUGUUUGGGGCGGAUAUCACGCUGCGGAAUGCGGUUGGUCAGACACCGCUGGAAGAAGCGCAGGAAUCGGAGCUGCCGGGGAGUAGUGCAUGUGUCGAGUACUUGCGCGGUAUCUGGCGGCAACUUGAGGAGGAGGCAGCGAUUCGUAUGAUGGCUAUGCUGGAGAUGGAGGAAGAUGCAGCUAGUGGUGCAGCUAGUACUGCGAGUAACAAGAAGAGCAAGAAGAAAAACAAGAAAACCAAACGUAAGACGGCAAUAAAGCUGCAGCAACAAAUACAACAGGAGGCGGAACAGGAUCGAAUUCAUCUCGACAACGUUACUGCUCAGGAGGGAGAAAACCAUGACGGUACAGAUGAAGCCGCUACGUCCGAGCGUUUAGUCGAAGAUCUGUCUGCUACGGCGGUUGGCGUCAGUGCUACCGAAGCAAAAGAUGAUGAGACGAGUUCUCUCAGCUCAGAGGAAGCACUGAUUGGAGACCCAGUGACUGUUGUGGGUCCGGAAUGUGAUGAUGACCGUGAAGGUCAUGCUGUAAACGAUGGGGUGACUCCACCAACCGGCACGAUGCAUGAGCAGUCAACUCAAGCAACAAAGAGGGAUCCUCUGCUAUCGACUAGUGCUUGGACCACUGUUGGUAAGAAGCAUCGAUCUGCCAUUGCUGCAGUCGCGAGCACUCCAGCAAAAGCCUCAACAGGUCCUCUGAGGGAGAAGAUGCCAUUGUCGACUUCAACUCGAAGAAGAAAUUCUGCGGCAACUCUUUGUCCCAAACCAUUUCCGCACACUUCCCGGCAAAAGCCUACUCAGCGAUCGGGUGAUGCUCGAGAACGGAGCUUAUUUGGUGGAUCUUCAGCACCUGCUGCAGCUGAAUUAUCGAUCAAGCAAGUGGACGUUGUUGCACAUUCGUCAAGCCGAACUCAGGUGGAGCAAUGGGGAAAAUGGAGUGGCUCUGCUGCAUCGUCUCGGUCAAUUACACCAUCGUCGCCGCUGAACGCCGAUGCUCCAUCUUUCAGAUCGCUGAGACCGACAACUGGAUCGGCCCAGACGCCAAGUGUGUUGUCGUCUAUAGCGACAAGUAACUCAAGUGGACUCUCGAUUUCAUCCGCGUCACUGCAACGACCAUCUUUUGGCUUUCCGCAUGCUUCACAAAGCACAGCGUCAUCGACAGGCAUGCAUUACUCCUCAGCCGGGCGUCUCACAUGGAAGCAGCAUCGUUCCAGCGGUAUCCACCAAGUCGCACAGGAGACCCGUGAUCGAUGGGUGGGCAAAUUGCAACUUAGCGACUCAAGUGUGGCGGAAACGCUGGGCUACCUGGCUUGCGGUCUGUGUGGUGAGCUCGUGAACGAUAACUUGCAAUGCAGCGGUAAUCCGUCGAAAAAAGCUGAUGAGAAGACCUCGACAUGUGCACAGCUUUACUGUGCCUCUUGUCUCGAGUGUUCGACAUUUCGGGCAGCUAGUUCCGUCACGUUCAAGUGCAUCAAAUGCCACGAAUUGAUCACGAAGGAGUCCAUGACCCGCAACAGUCUCGCACAAGCCCAAGCCGCGUCUUUGGGUCUUUCCAUGUCGACUGGGAUGAAUAUCGGGGCUCAAGGUGAGGCAGCUGGCUACACGCUGGAGACCAUGCAGCAUACUUUGGAGAUGUCGGGACCACGGGUCUCUGCCGUAGAUCUGCGAGCUUUCUUCUUGGUUCCAGGCACGGAUCUCAGUACGCUGAGCAAUGGCCAACUCGAGGUGCUGGAAAAUGCCCAUCAACUUGCACUGAACCAAAUUGUCGAGCAGCGCCUUGCCAAUGCACGGGCGCUCGAGCGGCUGCAGAUGGAGGAGUGGCUGAAGAUUCGGCGAGACUUGUUGCAGUUUGCUCCGCGAUGA